AUGGCCGCAACCACCGAACCGACUACGAAGACACCAGGGGGUGUCCCGCGAGCCACGCCCGGGAGCGGCUCGCCAGCGCGUGCGCCUACCGCACCCACAGUCGUCAACGAUGUACCCGCUCGCGAGAGCUGGAAGCGAGACGAUAAGAUCCUCGCCGCGCUCGCCGCACUCACCGAUCGACUGGCGAGCUUCGAGUCGUCGCAGAGAGUGCGAGACGAGGAGGAGCGCAUGCUAGGGGCCGUGGAGAGCGGACUGUUCGCCUCGAAACUCGGCGCCAACAUGCGUGGCCGACCGAUGACGAUAGACGCGAUCGGAGACGCGGAGGAGAAGGCACCGGUGCCACGUGGGUACCAGCGCGCGACUGAUCUUGGCGCGUCGCGAUUCGCAUCGCUCGAGCCACCUCGCGCGCGCGCAGCACCGCAGCUGCAGCAGCGCGCACCAGCGUCUGCGCCACCUCCGCAGGAGCAUGCAGCGCUACCUCCGCCGCAACAAUUCGCUCCGCCACAAGCCUAUGUGCGACCGGGCCUCAACGGCUACGGGAUGCCGUCCGCUAGCCAGCGGAAGUUGAACAUACGCAAGUUCGAUGGUACGGAGCUGUACCGCGGACUCGGGAGCGGAUUCUUUGACUGGGGGCGUACGUUUCUGCGCGUGGUGAGCCUCGCGGAAGCGUCGUGUGGUUUCGGAUGGACCGAAGACGUCAAGGUCGACCUGCUUGGGCACUUUCUCGCCGGCGCGGCUGAGAGGUACUAUCACAAGCAGGUCGAUACCUGGUGGACGCAAUCACCCACACUGGAGUACAUCAUGGAGCAGCUCCUGCGCACGUUCAAGACGUCAAUCACUGCAAGCCAGGCGAUGAAGUUAUUCAUGGCCAAGAAGGACGCACGACGCACCUGGGCCGAGCACUUCCUGUACAUGGUCGCCGUCAGCGAGGCACGCGGUGGUGCCGACUCGCUUGUUCUCGAUAACAUCGUCCACCACGCUUCGCCGGAGCUGGUGAACGUGAUGCGCUCCAAGUAUGAGCCCACUCGACUCGACUACCUGCGCCAUGCUGAGGAGCUGGCGCACUUCGCGCAGUCCAUUGAGCACGGCAGCAGCGCGGUGGGUCGUGAGGUCGUCGCCGCGCACGUGGAAGGCAAACCCAAGGGCGCGAUCACGUGCUACCGAUGUGGGCGACCAGCCAACUGUCGCGCGCGAGUCGUUCACAAAGACGAGACACCCGCGGAGGGUGGAGGCGCCAGCAUGAUCCUUGCGCUGACCGAGAAGCGCAGAGCGACCACGAAGAAGCGCAACAGGAGGAAGAAGGGCUCGCGCGGCAAGGACGCCGCAGCGACCAAUGUAAGUGAUGGGGCGCGAACCAUAGACGACUCAUGCGGCUUCGUGCUUACGACGAGCGACGGAGUAAGAGCCACGGACGGCACGAGCUGCCUCGUACUUGCGGCGACCGAUGCCACGGGCGUCGACCGAGGAGACUGGAUCCUCGAUAGCGGCGCGAGCCGGCAUCUUGUCAACGACGAGUCGCUGCUGCUCAAGUUGACGGCUUGCAGCCAUGAAAUUGCGAUGGCAGACGGCGAGUCGCUUCACCUGACGCGUGUCGGCAGCGUGCGCCUCGAGGUUCUUGCGCGCGGCGCUGAAGCGGUAGUGACGCUCACGGAUGUGUACUUGGCGCCGCGACUGGCAAAGAACAUUGUGUCGUACGGCAAGCUCGCCAACAAAGGAUUUGCCCUAGUGCACUCCGGCAAAAGGCGCUCGCUCGCUCGGUGCAGAGAUGGUGCGGUCGCGUUCGAUGUCACAAUCGACAGCAACGUGCUGUAUGUCGUGACGAAGGCCACGCGCGACAAGGAAGCAGGCGGAGACGCGAUCAUGGCGGCGCUCGAAGCGCAUGCAACGGAAACCAACGCCGAUGAGCCGCACGAAGCCUCGCUGUUGCACUGGCACCAGAGACUCGGCCACCUUGCGUUCGACACGAUCGAACGCAUGGCGCGCGAUCCGGCAUCGGGCAUUCGGCUCAGCAACAACAAGCGUAUGGCGUGCAUGUCGUGCCUCGAGGGCAAGCAGACGCGCAACGCGCAGUCCCAACAAGACAGCGGCAAGCACUCGCCCAUCGAUCGCAUCGGAGGCGUCAUCUGUUCGGACCUGAAGGGUCCAAUGACGCCGCGGGACCGACUCGGCAAUCGUUACCUUGUGAACCUCGUUGAUCACAAGAGCAACUACUGCCGAGUCUUCCUCGCGCGCACGAAGGACGCUGCGGCGAGGCAGUUCGAGGCGUUCCUCGUCCACUUCGAGAAGCUUUUCGGGUUCAAGGUCCACGUGCUCCGCACGGACGGCGGCAGAGAAUACGCCAACGUGGACCUGUUCUGCGAGCGCACGGGCGUCGCGCGCCAAGUGUCGGAGGCGCGAAAUCAGGCCUCAAACGGCAAGGCGGAACGAAUGCACCGGACAGUGCUGAACCUUGCGCGCAGCAUGAUGUUUGCCUGCGCGCUGCCCCUGAUGUUCUGGGGAGACGCGGUGCUGACGGGCAAGACGCCGGAUCUGCGUGGAAUUGUCGUUUUUGGCUCCCAGUGCAGCGUGUAUAGAGACCCGCGCAAGAACUCGCUGCUGCAGCGCUCGGGGCGCGCCAUCAUUGUCGGCGUCAGCGAGGAAACCAAGGGCUACAAGGUGCUGCUGCCGCGUGACAAUAAAGUGGUCGUCACGCAGCACAUCAAGAAUAUCGAGACACUGACGGAGGCGCAAAACGCGCAACUCCAGCGCGCGAUGGACAUCGGCGAUCGAGCCGGAGGCCAGGAGGAGACGGACGAGCCAGCAGUAGCAGUGGCGAACGAUGGUCGCGCAGAGGGCAACAGGGAGACGCGUAAAAGCAGAAAGAGAUGGACGCGAAAGGCGCAUGGAACACGCGGGGCGUUGAAACGCGCAGAAGCGGCUGCUCGUCAGGAGGAGACAGCCGCGAGCGGAGAAGUCGUAAAUGCUGCUUUCGAGCAUGAUCCGCUUAACUACGGACAGGCGAUGCUCAGCAGCAAGCGCGAAGGGUGGAAGAAGGCGAUGCAAGAGGAGAUCGCCGCGCUCGAGGCCAACGACGUCUGGACUAUUACAAGGCGAACGGCAGGACAGCAUGCGCUGCACACAAAAUGGGUCUACAAGACCAAGACAGAUGCACAGGGCGACCUCGAGCGGCUGAAAGCGCGACUGGUGGCGUGUGGCAACGAACAGGUGCUUGGCGUCGACUACAUGCUCACCUUCGCUGCCGUGAUGGACCUAUCGACGGUCAAAGUGAUCCUGGCGCUUGCGGCUACGUGGGGGGUGCCUGCCAAGCACGGUGACAUCCCCAACGCCUACGUUAAAGUGGACAAGGAGCCGCACCUGCGCAUCUAUCUACAGAUGCCGCGCGGCAUGCCAGUCUCGAAGGAGACGCUACGAGCGCAAGGCGUUUCGAACACGAGCGAGCUGGUGCUGGAGCUGCGGAAGAGCCUCUACGGGCUCAAGCAGGCAGGCCGGCUGUGGAGCCAGCUGCUGCACUCGAAGCUCUCUACUGCCGGUUUCAAGCGGUGUGAGAGCGACAUGUGUUUUUACUGGAAGCGCGACGGCGACGACCUCGUCGUGGUCGGCGUGUAUGUCGACGAUCUUCUAGCGACAGGGACGAGCGCGGCGGCGGUCGAGCGGUUCUUUGCAAGCCUCGCGUCGCUGUCGAUCAAGGACUUGGGGCGUGUCAGCAAGUUCCUGGGAAUGCGCGUGACGCACAACGGUCAGAAUGGGUACACGCUCGAUCAGGAGGAGGCCAUAAGAGACCUCUUACACGACAACGGACUCGCUGACGCCAACUCGACGUGGACGCCGAUCGACGACAGCUGCUACGAGUUGGAGGAGGGCGACGCGGAGCUUCUUGCGACGCCAAGCGCGAAAUUAGGACCGACUGUGCGCCAGUUUCAGUCGCUGGUCGGCUCGCUGCUCUGGGUGGCGCGUUGCACGCGCCCUGACAUAGCGUUUGCGGUGCACAAGGUCACGAGACGAGUCCAUGCGCCUCGACUAGCAGACUGGAAGUUAGCUAAACGCAUCGCGCGAUACCUCAAGGGUACGGCGGCGCUUAAGAUCACGAUGAUCGCAGAAGACAAUUUAGGUGCGGCGAUGCGACUAGAAGCGUUCAGCGACGCCGACUUUGCCGCCGACAAGACGGACCGGAAGUCAAUGACGGGCGGCAUCGUGAUGCUGAACGGGAUGGCCGUCAGCUGGGGUGCGCGGAAGCAGGGAGGCGUCUCCCUGUCGACGAUGGAGGCGGAAUUUGUCGCAGCGAGUGAAGUCGCGCGCGAGCUGCUCGGCCUGCGCGAGAUGUUGUGCGAAGUGGGCGUGGAGCCCACGCUUCCGAUGCAGUUGCGGGUGGACAACCAAGCGGCGAUCGCGCAGAUUGCGGGAGAGGCAUCGUCGCUGAAGGCAAAACAUGUGGAUGUGCGCCUUAAGUUUCUUUGCGACUACUCGCGUCGCGGCGUCAUCACGGCGAGCUACGUCAGAUCGGAGCAGAUGCUCGCAGACCUCCUCACGAAGGCGUUGGACGCGACGAAGCUCUCGACACUGCGCGCACUCGUGCGCAUUGGUUAA